AUAUGGAUGUAAUGAGGCCCUUAAUAAAUGAACAGAAUUUUGAAGGAACAUCAGACGAAGAACAUGAGCAAGAACUCCUGCCUGUUCAGAAGCAUUACCAGCUUGAUGAUCAAGAGGGUAUUUCAUUUGUACAAACUCUUAUGCAUCUUCUGAAAGGAAAUAUCGGAACUGGCCUGUUAGGACUUCCAUUGGCAAUAAAAAAUGCAGGCAUAGUGCUUGGACCCAUCAGCCUUGUAUUUAUAGGAAUUAUUUCUGUUCACUGUAUGCACAUUUUGGUACGUUGCAGUCACUUUCUAUGUCAGAGGUUUAAAAAGUCGACAUUAGGUUAUAGUGACACUGUGAGUUUUGCUAUGGAAGUAAGCCCUUGGAGUUGUCUUCAGAAGCAAGCAGCAUGGGGGCGAAAUGUGGUUGACUUUUUUCUGGUGAUAACACAGCUGGGAUUCUGUAGUGUUUAUAUUGUUUUCUUAGCUGAAAAUGUGAAACAAGUUCAUGAAGGAUUCCUGGAGAGUAAAGUGUUUGUUUUGAAUAGUACCAAUUCAUCAAAUCCAUGUGAGAGAAGAAGUAUUGACCUAAGAAUAUAUAUGCUUUGCUUUCUUCCGUUUAUAAUUCUCUUGGUCUUCAUUCGUGAGCUGAAGAAUCUGUUUGUGCUUUCGUUCCUUGCCAACCUUUCCAUGGCUGUCAGUCUUGUGAUUAUUUAUCAAUAUGUUGUUAGGAAUAUGCCAGAUCCCCACAAUCUUCCAAUAGUAGCUGGCUGGAAAAAAUACCCACUCUUUUUUGGUACAGCUGUAUUUGCUUUUGAAGGCAUAGGAGUGAUAAUGAACAAUAAGGGAAGACUGAGAAACUCUCAGAGACCGGAGGAGACUAAGGAGACAUGGCAACAAAAUGCGGUGUGGUAUCCUGGAUGUGGGACCCUGGAACAGAAGAAGGAUAUUAGUGGAGAAUCUAGUGAAAUUAAAGUUUGGAGUUUAAUAGUCCUUCCAUUGGAAAAUCAAAUGAAAGAAUCAAAACGUUUCCCCCAAGCAUUGAAUAUUGGAAUGGGAAUUGUUACAACUUUGUAUGUAACAUUAGCUACUUUAGGAUAUAUGUGUUUCCGUGAUGAAAUCAAAGGCAGUAUAACUUUAAAUCUUCCACAGGAUGUAUGGUUAUAUCAAUCAGUGAAAAUUCUGUAUUCCUUUGGCAUCUUUGUGACAUAUUCAAUUCAGUUCUAUGUUCCAGCAGAGAUCAUUAUCCCUGUGAUCACAUCCAAAGUUCAUGCUAAAUGGAAGCAAAUCUGUGAAUUCGUGAUAAGGUCCUUCUUGGUUAGUGUUACUUGUGCUGGAGCAAUUCUGAUUCCUCGUUUAGACAUUGUGAUUUCCUUUGUUGGAGCUGUGAGUAGCAGUACAUUGGCCCUGAUCCUACCACCUUUGGUUGAAAUUCUUACAUUUUCUAAGGAUCACUACAAUAUAUGGAUGAUCCUGAAAAAUAUUUCUAUAGCAUUCACUGGAGUUGUUGGUUUCUUGUUAGGUACAUAUGUAACUGUUGAAGAAAUUAUUUAUCCUACUCCCAAAGUUGUAGUUGGAACUCCAGAAAGUCCCUCUCUAAAUUUGAAUUCAACAUGCUUUACAUCUGGUUUGAAAUAGAAGCAGAAUCGUGAGUCUUCUGCUUUUGUCUCAGUUCUGAAAAUGAUUUAAAUAAGCACUAGGAGAAUACAUUGCCAUGUACUUAAAAAUAGAACCAAAUUCUUUUUUCUUUUGGCACAAUAUUGAUAUUUGACAGUAAAUUGUAAUUCUUUACCAGUAGUAGUAAACUUCAGAAGAUUCUUGGUUUUUAGCAAUAAUUUUUAAAAAUUUAGUUUUGAAAAUUGAAAAAAUUAAAACAAAAGCUACAAUGUAAAAAAAAUUAAAAUAAAAAGAUCACUAUUCUUCAUUCCAUCAGAAAUAAUUUAACUAACAUUCUCUCUUUUAUUCCCAUGCUACUCUUUGCCAUUCAGUUGAGUAGAGAACAGGGUUUCAAAAAUAAGAAAAUUAAAGAAGAAGAGGUAACAAAAAUUUCCAGACCAUUCCAGUGAAUGUCAACAUAUACUUUGUGCAUAAUGUAAAAAUAUCUCAAUUGUGUAUUUAUUACAGAGCCAUAUAUUUAUGAUUAGCCCCUGAAAGUACAGUAAACUUUUACUAAUGAUAAUAUAAACAUCAGAAAUCACUAAAACCAGAAUUAUUUUUACACUGUUCUGUAAUGGUAGUUGAUCUUCAUAAUAUAAAUUAUAAGAUACUGUACAAGAUUCUGAUUCAGUGUUUCAUUCAAAUUUGAAAGCGACUUUAAGAGUUAUCCAAUCAAUACCAUUUGCUUGUUUUUUUAACCUAAGAUAAAUUGAUGCCCAGAAAGGUUAACUAACUUGGUCAAGACCACUUAGCCUUGAGAUCAAGAGAAAACUGACAUUUUGACUCCCACCCAGUCCAGGAUUUUUUAUUUUUCACAUUAUAUCCAGGUAAAAGAAUAAAUUAUGUUUAGUUUAAUUUUAGUGUUGAGUCUACUUAAUUAUAUUUUAAUACUUUGAAAGUGGGUGAUCUUUGAACAGUAUAUGUGACCUGAGCAGAAAAUCAGAGAACUCUGAAAAGCCUGCAUUACAGACUUUAUAUCUCAACAAGAAAAGCAGCAAUUUUUUUUAAGCAGAAUAGAAACCAUUUGCUGGUUUAAGGGCUGGCUGGUGGAAAAUACUAUUUGUGAGUUAGCCUACAGUUAGCCUAUUUGUGAACGCUCCUUAUUGUUUUUUCUCUUUUUAGGUUUUGUAGGCACCACCUUUCUUAAUGGCAGAAAAUAGGUCUGACAAAAUACAGGAUUUUUGCACUCUUUCCAGCCCUGUGGCUUUCCUUCUUACAACCUUUUAUUGAUCUGAAUGGGCAGAAUAAAUAAAAAAGAUUCAUGCUUAGGAAAAACCAAGACAAUAAUAAAUUAUCUACUAAAUAUUUAGACACUGUAGGUUUCUUCCAGAAAAAUACCUUCUAUUACUCCAUAUUCUUCAAGCCCCAUUAUUAACCAAAACAGACAAUCUCAGUUGACAUGGAAGAUGAAAAUUGUUAAGUUUAAAACAUUGAGAGUCCUGAUUUUUUUAAAAAUUCAUACUUUAAAAUGUUCAAGUUUUAAAUCAGGCUGGUGGUACUCUAAUUUCUAAUAUUAUAAGAUACAUCAAGAUCACUGUGAUAUAUGUAUUCUGUAUUUUUAUAUGUAAGUGUUCAUUUAGUUCAAGUAUUUUUUACUUUACAUCAAGUACAAUCCUAAAGGAAUAUCAGAAGAUUUAUUUUUGUACAAACUCACAAGAAUCAAAACUUUUUUUAAACAUUUGUAUUAGGAAUCACCAGUAACUGUUUGUGAUUCUUCUCUAUCAAAUCCUUUUUGUGGAGCCUGUAGUUACAUUGAGAGAAUGUGAAAGAAAUUAUAGAAGAAGGAAUCAUCAUGGAAACUAAAGUUACAUAAUCUUAAAUCCAAGAAUAAAUUAGGUGGGUGUUUCUAAUGUAUAGCUUGGUAUGAAAUGACUGGAAAACAUUAAUAGAAAACACUAUUAGAUUUUUGUCAGCUGUCUUCAAAUAAUAUUUCUUGUGUGGAAUUUUAUUUUUAUACUUUGAUGUAUUUUCUUUGUGAAUUCAUCAAAUUCAUGAAAUUUUAAAUAGUUGAUCAUAGCAAAAAAUAAAUUUUGAAUUCAUCAUGAACAAAUGUUGAGUACAUUACCAACCAGGGUUCUUUAUGGCAAUGAAUGCUAAAUUGAUAUCCAAUACUUAGUUCACUAAAUUAUCAAUACCUUAAGUACAUGGGAAAAGUUAUAAUGCAGAAAAGAAGAGGAGCUACAAAGGAAGAGGGUAGUUUUAAUUCUUAAUAGGACACACUAUUUAGAUGUAAAGUAUAAAUGAACUCUUUUGGGCUUUCAAUGUAUUUUAUUUGCCAAAAAAAAA